AUGGCCGACGACGACACCAUCAAAGGCCUGUCCGUUGAGGCAGAGAGCUCCCGAACCGAUGAUACGGAGCUGACUCCACAGGAGCAGCGACGGGUUAUCCGUCGAGUUGACGCCCGAUUGAUUGUCAUGCUGGGGUUCCUGCACACCGUAUCGCUGCUUGACCGGGGAAACCUGUCUACUGCAGCGGUUGCGGGAAUGGAGAAGGAAUUGCACCUCCAGGGUAAUCAAUAUAAUAUCAUUGCUGUCGUGUUCUUUCCUCCCUACAUCUGUCUGCAAAUGCUGGGUCCAGUGCUGAUUCGCAGGCUGGGCCCGAAGAUCUUCCUUGCGGGCAUUUGCUUUAUCUGGGGUAUUGCUAUGAUGUGCGGUGGAUUCGUCCACAACUGGGCUCAACUAGCUGGCAUUCGAAUAAUCAUCGGAGCCUUGGAAGCAGGGUUCUUCCCCGCUGCUGUCUAUCUUAUUGCGACCUGGUACACCCGCUAUCAGAUGCAGAAGCGAUUUGCCAUCUUCUACCUGCUCGGCUGUGUGGCAUCGGCGUUCACCGGUAUUCUAUCUUAUGGCAUCACGUUUAUGAACGGCCUGGGCGGCCUCACAGCAUGGCGCUGGAUUUUCGUCAUCCAAGGCCUCCUCACCUGCACACUCGCAGCAAUCAGCUACUUCGUGCUAAUCAAUUUCCUGGAUCGUAUGCGAUCAAACAAGAGUCGAUUCCUGUCGGACCGAGAAUACGACUUCAUUACUCACCAGAUCAACGACGACCGCGGGGACGUGAGACUCGAGCCGUUCAAUCUGAAGAAGUACCUUGUCGCUGCACUGGACAUUAAUAUCUGGGGAUUUGGACUAGUGUACUUCUGCACUACAUCCACUGCCUAUUCGAUCGCAUAUUUUUUGCCUCUGAUAUACAGGCAGGGAAUGGGAUUUUCGAUGGGAGCAUCGUUGUGUCUCUUCGCUCCACCGUACGUGGCUGCGGGGAUCACCAUGAUGGCAACGUCGUGGAUUGGAGACAAGUAUCGGCUGCGGGGACCAAUUAUUGUCUUCAAUGCCAUGUUGGCGUUGAUCGGGUUGCCUUUGAUGACCUUCACCAAGGGCAACGGGCCACGACUGGUUGGGUGUUUCCUUACUACCAUGGGAGCCAAUUCGAAUGUUCCUGCUGCUAUGGCAUAUCAGGCAAACAAUGUCCGCGGUCAGUGGAAGCGAGCGGCCUGCAGCGCCAUCUUUGUCGGUCUCGGUGCGUCAGGCGGCAUGGUCGGGUCUCUUGUCUUUCGGUCUCAGGAUGCCCCGGAGUAUCGGCCGGGAAUGCUUACCUGUAUUGGAUUGCAGGCUGCUGCAAUAGUGCUGGUGGGAUUGUUGACCAUUCGAUUGUAUCUGCGCAAUCGUCGCGUGGAUCGGGGAGAGUUGGUUAUUGGAGAUCUGCCGGGGUUUCGGUAUACUUAUUAGCCUGUUAACCGAGAGUGCUGUUUAGCUCAUUUCAUAUUCUG